AUGCGUUCGCUUCUCCUCAGCCGCCGCUUCGCCCACGCCGUCACCAGCCACGUCGCUCCGUCGACGUCGACGGUCCCGCACGAAUCGAAUCAUCUGACGCAUCCGUCGGUGCACCGCCAGCACACCAACAGCUACAUCCACGGAACGUCGAACAUUCCGCUCAGAAACGAAACGCUCGGCCAGACGCUGAGAAAUACGACGGAACGAGUGCCCGACAAGGAGUUUUGCGCCUUCCUCAAGUAUCCGAUUCGCAAGACCUACGAGGAGUUCUAUCACGAUGUAAGUUGUUGGCGACAAAAAACCCCUAGCAAAAUUGCUAUCGGGUUUUGUUAAUCGAAUUAGAAAAUGAAUCAGUCUAAACUAUUUUAGGUGCGUCAAAUGGCCGCCUCGCUGUUCACUUUGGGCCUCGAGAAGGGCGAUCGAGUCGGCGUGUGGGGGCCGAACUACUACGAGUGGGUGGUGCUGCAGUACGCGUGCGCAUUCGCCGGAGUCAUCCAGGUCAACGUGAACCCGCACUAUUUGCACGAAGAAUUGCGCUUCGUGAUGCGAAAGACCGGAAUGAAGGUGCUGUUCGCGCCGAAGAGACACAAGCACAGCAACUACGUGCACACCCUCAUCGAGGCGAUGCCAGAAAUGCGCCGUGGAAAGCCGGGCGUCGGACACAUCAAGUCCCAUGAUAUUCCAGAGCUCCGCCACAUUGUGCUCUACGGAGAUGACGUCCCAGUCCAGUAGGAUCCCAUUCGUUUUCCCCAAAAUCUUUAAAACUUCUACUUUCAGUGGUGCCUGGGUGUACGACGACCUCAUGAAGGCCGCUGGAAGUGAGGAGAGGGCCAAACUCGAGGAGAUGGACCGUCGUCUCCGUCCAGAUGAGCCCGUCAACAUGCAGUUCACGAGCGGAACCACCGGACAUCCGAAGGGAGCCACUCUCACGCACUUCGGACUCAACAACAACGCCUACUUCGCGGGCAUCCGUCUCGGCUGGGACCGCGAGGACCAUCGCAUCUGCAUCCCAAACCCGCUCUACCACUGUUUCGGCUGUGCGGUCGGAGUCAUCAACGCGGUCAACCACGGCCAGACCGUCAUCUUCCCUCAAAGUCCUACCACGUGCCCGACAUCUUCGAGGCGAUCCAGAACGAACGCUGCACGACCAUGUUCGGCACUCCGACCAUGUUCAUCGACGUGCUCAAAUCGCCGCUGCUCCAGAAGUACGACAUCAGCUCGCUGAGGGGCGGAGUCAUCGGCGGAGCUCCCUGCCCGUUGGCGCUUUGCGAGAAAAUGGUCAAGGAGAUGCGGAUGACCGACUUUGCCGUCAUCUACGGAUCCACCGAAACGUCGCCGCUCGUGACCAUGUCCGAACUGCACGUCGAUCCGUACGAACGCAUCAAAUCCGUCGGAUCCGUGAUGCCCCAUCAGGAAAUCGCGAUUGUCGACGAGUACGGAGUGCCGGUGCCGACGGGCGCCAAAGGAGAAUUGUGGUCGAGGGGAUACUCGACGAUGCUCGGAUACUGGGCCGAUCAGGACAAGACCAACCUCGCCGUCACCAAGGAUCGCUGGUACAAAUCGGGGUAAGGAACAAUUUUUAAUCAGAAUGACCUAAAUGGAAUAUUUCAGAGACACGGCGGUGAUGAACGAGGACGGAACGAUCAACAUCGUGGGCCGCACGCGCGACAUGAUCGUGAAGGGCGGCGAGAACGUCUACCCGACGGAGAUCGAGCAGUUCCUGCACAAGCUCGAGUACGUGGCCGACGCGCACGUCGUCGGCGUUCCCGACGACCGGUACGGCGAAAACAUUUGUGCGUGGGUGCGCCUUCGCGAUCAGGACGAGGGAAAAAUCACUCCGGAGCAGAUCAUCAAGGCUUGCAAAGGAGGAGUGAGUUAUUUGGAGAAAAAGGAUGGAAAAUCAAUAAUCUGCUUUCAGAUGGCCCACUACAAAGUGCCACGUUAUGUGCUGAUCAAGAAGGAAAAAGAAUUUCCGCUGACAAUUUCGGGAAAAGUGAAAAAGUUCGAGAUUCAGAAGAUCUCCAAGGAACUUCUCGGAUUGGGAACCGUCAAGUCGCACUUCACCGAAAACGUCGACAACUAA